AUGUCUCAAUUUUAUCCCUACCAAACAAAUUCUCAAUAUUCACAACCUGAGCUACCAAUCAACAGUAAUCAAUCCUUGUACUGGCCAACAUAUCAACUCAUUCCGAACUUUCAAUCUCCACAAUACGAGUUGUCUCAAAUUAACACCAAUCAAUCCCAUGAUUGGCCCAAUUCACAACAACAAUUGUCGCAAGAUUACAUUGAUCAACCCAUAUUCUGGCCUUCAUACUCAUGGCCUUCGACAUUCAUUCCUACACCAUCACCAUUAUUGAUGACCAACAACAUUACAACAUCCGAAUCUCAAAGACAACAAUCACCAACAAUCACCAACAAUCAUGCAUCAUCAUCAUCAUUAAACGAAUCAGUGAGCGAACCAGUUUCAAAUUUUCCAACACAUUCUUCUUCAUCAAAGGAGUUCAAAUGGAAGCAACGAUUAAUAAAUCAGUACAAUUCUUCUCCCCCAAUAACGUCUAUUGUUGGGAAAGUUUGUUCCAACGACCGAAUAUGCUUAGAAGAGACCUCUUCUCAGCUAAAAGCAAGAUAUUUCCUUGAUGUCAAACAACAUCUUGGCUUAACUCAUAUCACUGAUGAUAUUGUUACCAAUUCUUUCAAUUACAAAUGCACUGACUAUUUUGGUGAUGCAAAUUAUGGAACCAAGACGAAGCGAAAAGAAAAGCUGUUACAACGAUUAGGAGGUCACGAUAUUAUUUGCAAAAUGGAUCAAUUUAAAGAUAUUUAUGAAUUUCUUGGGAUGUUAUGGAGGGAAGGAUUGCUGAACGAAGAUCGUAUGAAAGAGGAAGGUUUGUUGGAUAGUAUGGAUUAUAGUAUGUCAAAACAACAAGAAUCAUGCAACGAACAAACCUUCUUCUCAAAAGAAAGUAAUACGAUGUCUCAAAUUAAGAACCACCAAACAGAGAACCAUAAAAAGCGUAACAGAAAUGACAACGAUAACCAAAACAAGAAAAAAACUAGUGCAAGACAUUUCAAAUUGAAAGAAAAUACUUUAAAGCAAGUUCUUGUUAAAAACCGAAAAGUGAUUUCUAAUAAGGCCGUGGACGAACUUCGAACAGAAGGACAUGUCAAAAAUUUAACACCCUCACCUACCUUAUUGCAUGCACAAUCAACGACAGACUUAAUCUGCACUGACAUAUUUAAUGUAAAGGUUAAAGAAUUAGAUGGAGAUCGAAAAAUCAUUUAUCACUCAAUUCUCCCCACUGUAUGUUGUUAUGUGUUGCAGCACAAGAAGUGGAUUGGUUUUAUGAAGAAAAAGCAGAUACAACUUUGUAAAGAGGAUCAAAUCGAUAACAAGGAUUUAAUUGUUGCAUUGAACCUUGAUUAUGCUGCCAAUUCAAAACUGACUACUUUGACCAUUACUGUGAUCAAUAGCAAAUGCUUCGGAACAGGUCAAUCUCGAGCUAUAUGCGUUCCACUUGCAAUUUGGUCUGGAGAUGAGAGUGAAUUCAUUCAUGUGGCAGAUCAUUCCCGAAAGGAAAUUGAGAUUAUUCGGAAGCACGGAAUAACAAUCGAAUCGAAUCAUUGCUCCAUUGAUGUGUUUUUAACGAUGGAUUUGAAAGCGUUAGGUGUGGUCUGUCCUGGAGUGAAACAAGGAUCGUGGUGCCCAUACUGCGACACAUGUAGUCCAAUAUGUUGCAAAAACCACAAACCCAGAACAGAGGAUUCAUUGGGCUGUAUUCUUGGACUACCUGCAUGCAAUAUUAUUAUUUGCGUCCUUCAUGCAAAGGAACGACUGUGUGAAAAUGUUUUGAGAAUAACAUUGAGUGGUGUUAAGGAGAAAGACAAGUUUUGGGAUGCUGUUAUUAAAAUCAAGGGACUUGAAGGCUUACAGAAAGUUGAAGACGAAGAAUGGAAUGAUGUUCGUAUGUUUCUUCAUGGAAACACAUGCAACAUUCUUCUGAACAAUGUUGGAGUGAUGUCUCCGUUUUUCGAGAAGGAACAAACACAAAUGUUGUGGGACGCAUUGAAAUGCUUGUUGAAUAAUAUUGACAAGAAUGCAUCGGAUCAAGUCAUUUCGGAAUCAUUAUCGUUGUUUUGGAAUAUUUAUGUUGCUGCUGCUCAAGGAUUCCAAGGUAAAUGUUGGUAUGCUCAUAUCUUAGCGAAACAUUUUUUAGCUCUCAAGCGAAGAGUCAGAAAUGUAAAGCAAUUUGAAACUCAAGCAUUCGAAAGCAAUCAUCUUGAAGAGAAGGAAUCAAUAGAAGGAGCAUCAAGCAAAGGUGGUGGCACUCCCUAUUCCUAUUAUGAUUAUAUUUUGUCCAAUACUAGAGACUAUCUUGAACAUUUUUCAUCAAACGGAAUCAAAGUUCGGUCAGCUCUCGGAGACAAUGUUGAUGAUAACAAGGAUUUAUUGAUGGAGACAUUUUGUAAGAAACCAAUACCUACCGGUGUUCGUUCUACCAUUAAACUUGGCCAAAAAGGAAAGCUAUUGGCUCAGGUUUUGUUCCGAAAGUUGAGAAUACUUUUUCUUUCCACUGUUCUUCCAAACACGUUCAUGCUUUGCCAGCCAAAGAGAUUCAAGGAAAAGAGAAAGCAGGAAAUUGCUUCCGAUUACACUGUGAAGGUGAACGAUGAUGAAUCUAUUCUUCAACAACUUUGUUAUCGAGAGGAAGACACAACUGUAUUUGAAAAUCAUAGCUGUUCGGACCAAUGUGUGACCGUACCUAAAGACUACCAACACUACACCAUUUCAACCUUGAAUCGGGUUGUGCCUGAAGGAAGUAAUUUGAAUCAAUAUUUGGAAGACGAAACAGCGAGAACAGAAGGCAUGUUGAUACCUGUUGCAAAGGCCAAGAGAGUUGAACCUGCACAUGCUCUGGCUCGACGAAGAAAGCAAAGAAAUAAAUGA